AUGGAGCAGAGCUCUCGCUGCCGCAUGGUGCCGCUUGAAACUGAUGAGGCACGUGUCCGCGUGCCGAAGAUGCAGGUGUCCGCGUCUGCGCGCUUACUGACGGGAGCGUUCUCGCGGGAGCGGCAGCCUGACUCCCUCCGUCAGAAGGAGGAGCGCAUUGAGGAGCUGGAGGAGGCGCUGAGGGAAAGCGUUCAGAUCACAGCGGAGAGGGAGGUGGUGCUUGCCCAGGAGGAGCAGGCACGCACGCAGUCGGAGAAACAGGUGGAGGACCUGCUGGUUGCCAUGGAGAAGGUGAAACAGGAACUGGAGGUGAUGAAAGCCAAGCUGUCAUCGACUCAACUCUCACUGGCCGAGAAGGAAGGUCACCUGACCGCACUGCGGGCCGAGAGGCGGAAACACCUGGAGGAGGUCCUGGAGAUGAAGUGAGGAUACAGACAUACACACACACGUUUUAUUGCUUUUAUUUAUGUUAACAUGUAAAACAGCUGAACGUCAAC